CCCUUUAAGGAAGCCAAGAGCUGCGCUGUUUGGCUGCCGUGGCCAGCCAGUCCGGAGGUUUUGAGGGGCGAGGCCCGGUCCUUGCUGCCUUCUCGGGGAGCUUCAGGCCUGGAGGCCUUCGCUGUGAUCAGGGUCUCCCGCACCUCCACUGUCCAGUGUGGUCUCCUUUGGGAACUGCAGGGAAGCUAUUCUUCCUGCUUAGUUUCUACCUGUAACCUGUGGGAAUAUCCCCUGAUAUAGCCAAACUACAAUCCAGACCAAAGGCGGCAAGGCCGAGAAAGAGGUCAAGAUGGGGUUUAUAUUUUCAAAGUCUAUGAAUGAGAACAUGAAAAGCCAACAGGAGUUCAUGCUUAUGAAUUCCCGACUUCAGCUGGAAAGGCAGCUAAUAAUGCAGAAUGAAAUGAGAGAAAGACAAAUGGCUAUGCAGAUUGCUUGGUCUCGGGAAUUCCUCAAAUAUUUUGGAACUUUUUUUGGCAUUACAGCCGUCUCUUUAACAGCUGGAGCAAUUAAAGGGAAGAAGCCCGUCCUCAUCUUUCCUAUGGUUCCAUUAGGCUUUGUCCUUGCCUAUCAGUAUGACAUGGGCUAUGGAACUCUUAUACACAGAAUGAAAGGUGAAGCUGAGAACAUACUGGAAACAGAAAAGAGUAAGUUGCAGCUGCCAAAAGGAAUGAUCACUUUUGAAAGCCUUGAAAAAGCAAGAAGGGAACAGAGUAAAUUUUUCAUAGACAAAUGAAAUCA